AUGAGCAAAGCACAACAUUUCAAGGAUGGAAUAGUACAACAUUCGGUUCACCGCCAGCGCGAUCAGUUCGUCAAUCAACUACGAAGCCGCGAGAAGGACAUUCUCAAACUCGCGUCGACAAAAUGCGGGAAGCCGUCCGCUAGCUUCUUCCAAUCGACUGCUCUUGGUGAUUACCAUGCCCGCGGAAGCUACAACGUCUCAUUCUUUAUCCGGUUCGCCGACGGGGAGAAAUGUGUCUUCCGCGUACCGUUGCGGCCCUGUCUAGCAUACUGUCCCCGUCUCAAAUUACAAUGCGAAGUCGCCACGAUGCAACACUUGUCAGAAAGCACCACAAUCCCAGUCCCAAAAGUUCUGGCCUAUUGUGCAGACAGUGGCGCUGAUCCUCUAUCUACAUUCAUGAUUCUCGAAUAUAUCGAUGGAAAGCUGCUCUCGCCAGCCGAAUUUCGUCGCUUACCCCCAGACCCAAAAGCCGAGCUAUACAAAUCACUAGCAGAUGUCUUUGUGCAACUAAGACGGCAGGAGUUCCCCUCAAUUGGCAGGCUUAAGCUAGGAGCAAGCGGGGUGCGCAUCGGUGAAAAGACGGCAUCGCUUGAGAUGAAUAUGAUGCAACUCGAGGGCUUAGACCCCUUUAGCAUUCAAGAUUCUCACCAUGACAAGUCUGGGACCCUAAAAUCCGCUAAUUCAUACACAAGAAUGCUGUUAAGCGUUGGGUACAACGCUUUUCUGAAGAGUCGGAAUGCUGUGGCAAUCGGCAUGGGCCUAGAAUGCCUCUACAGCCAUUUCUUGUUCUGUAAGCAUGUUCAAAAGUGGGUGGACCCUGACCUAGAUCAAGGGCCGUUUGUGCUGGUCCAUGGCGACCUGCACUUGUCAAAUCUAUUAGUUGAUCAUGAUAUGCGGAUUAUUGGCGUGCUUGAUUGGGAAUGGAGUCGUGUCGUGCCGGUUCAGUAUUUCGCACCGCCUUUUUGGCUUAGCGGAAAAAGUACUGUCCAAUUAGCCGGUCCUAAUUCAUGGCAGCUCUUUCUUGAGGGACCGUUUGCCGAUUUUCUAGCGGAAGUUAAGACGCGGGAAGGGGAAUUGUUUAAAAAUAAUCUACUCUACGAUGAAUGGACUAGACGAACGGAAUACGCCGAACCGUUGGUCGCCAAUGCUCUCGAAAACUGGACCGACGUGGAUUGGUUUGUCCAUCGAUACUUGGCCAGCAAGGAAGCGUCCAGCGCCAACGACACUCUGUCGGCAUUUGCUGACGAGGACCCUUUGCGCUCUUUGCUCGCAGAUAUAAAGGAACAAGACCACCGCAAAUAUUGCAGAGAGUUGGACUUGUUACGUAACUCUGAUAACUAUGAAGAAGGAAACGCAAAAGAUGCGGCAAUGCCGGCGACCGUUGAUAGGAGAGCUCAUGUCCAACAAUGUAUCCCAACGGCUGCUGGCAUUCUCGGUUUGACUGUAGCGGCUUCGAUUGUGAUAGCUGCUGUCUGGUUGAGACUCCGACCUAACCCCACCCUCUAA